AUGCAGACUAAGGGAGUUCAAAAGCAGAAAAAAUCUAAGGUGAAAGGCCAGUAUAGACAAGAUCUAACGCCUGAGCAGAAGCAGGAAAUAAAAGAGGCCUUUGACCUCUUUGACUCUGAAGGCACAGGCACCAUAGAUGUUAACGACCUUAAGGUAGCUCUGAGAGCAUUAGGCUUUGAGCCUAGCAAAUAAGGAAAUCAAGACUCUGACAGAUAACCUUCAGAGUAACAAUCAGUCGAACGAUGAUGAGCAUGAUAAAUCAAAGACUAUUGACUUCAAUGAUUUCUUAGAGAUUUUAACAACCAAGAUGAGCGAGAAGGACUCUGUAGAUCAACUCAAGAAAGCAUUCAUCCUCUUUUCAGGAAAUAAACCCUUCAUUACUCUUGAUGACCUCAGAGAUGUUGCUAAUGAGCUAGGAGAAAACAUGAGUGAUGAUGAACUCAAGGAAAUGCUACAUGAAGCAUCAAAGGCCGAUGGAGAAGAAGUUACAGAAGCUAAUUUCCUUACCAUUUUAAAUGCUAUGGGUGGAGGAUCAUAA